UCUCCCUUAAUCACUUCCUCCAUUUCCUUUAAAGUACUUAUGUCUCUUAAUGCUUUGUGUUUCCAUAGAACUUGAGUCUGGAUGCUGCACUAUUAGAGGGAGUCUCUUGGCUGUACCCCUAAUUUAUUCUGAAUCUGUAAAGAAAUAAUGGUACCUAGAAGCAAGCCUAGAAAAUGCAGCUUAAGUUAGCUCCUUUUUAAUUUUCUCUACUCUUCCCUCUCUCAUCCAUCACUCCCAUCCACAAUUAAAGCAAGAUGAUGAAGUGCCGAUGGUUCAGGUUAAAGAGCAAGACCGGAAUGUCCUGGUGCUGAAGAAAGUGCAGAGCUGUGGCCCAGCCCCCACAGCGGGGAGUGCGGAGAGCGAUUGGAGAUACGUGGUGGUGUCUGGGACCCCGGAGAAGAUCUUGGAGCACCUUUUGAAUGACUUGCACCUAGAAGAAGUCCAGGACAAAGAACCAGAGACCCUCCUUGAUGACUUCCUUCUCACGUACACCGUCUUCAUGACGACGGAUGACUUGUGCCAGGCACUGUUAAGACAUUAUUCUGCCAAGAAGUAUCAAGGCAAAGAAGAAAACUCUGACGUUCCUCGUCGGAAACGGAAAGUCUUGCAUCUUGUUUCCCAGUGGAUUGCUUUGUACAAAGACUGGCUACAUGAAGAUGAGCAUUCAAAAAUGUUUUUAAAGACCAUAUACAGGAAUGUACUGGAUGAUAUCUAUGAAUAUCCAAUACUUGAAAAAGAACUGAAAGAAUUUCAAAAGAUACUUGGAAUGCAUCGUCGUCACACCGUAGAUGAAUAUUCACCACAAAGGAAGAAUAAAGCCCUUUUCCAUCAAUUCAGUCUUAAGGAGAACUGGCUCCAGCAUAGAGGAACUGUGGCUGAAACAGAGGAAAUUUUUUGCCAUGUGUAUAUAACGGAGCACUCCUAUGUCAGUGUGAAGGCAAAAGUUUCCAGUACCGCUCAGGAGAUCCUGAAGGUUGUAGCUGAAAAGAUUCAGCAUGCAGAGGAAGAUCUUGUGCUGGUGACCAUCACGUUCUCUGGGGAAAAGCAUGAACUUCAGCCAAAUGAUUUGGCCAUUUCCAAAUCCCUUGAGGCCUCAAGUCGGAUAUAUGUCUACCGGAAAGAUCUGGCCGACACUUUGAACCCGUUUGCAGAAAAUGAGGAAUCACAGCAAAGGUCGAUGAGGAUUUUGGGAAUGAACACUUGGGAUCUUGCUCUGGAAUUAAUGAAUUUUGAUUGGAGUUUAUUCAACUCAAUUCAUGAGCAAGAGCUGAUCUACUUCACAUUCAGCAGACAGGGAAAUGGGGAGCACACUGUGAACCUCAGCCUUCUACUGCAGAGAUGCAAUGAAGUCCAGCUCUGGGUGGCCACAGAGAUUCUGCUCUGUAGUCAGCUGGGCAAGCGAGUGCAGCUGGUGAAAAAAUUCAUCAAGAUUGCAGCUCACUGCAAAGCGCAGAGAAACCUGAAUUCUUUCUUUGCUAUUGUGAUGGGUCUCAACACUGCCUCUGUUAGCCGCCUGUCACAGACCUGGGAGAAAAUCCCUGGAAAGUUUAAGAAACUUUUCUCUGAACUUGAAAGUUUAACAGAUCCUUCCCUAAAUCACAAAGCCUACAGAGAUGCAUUCAAAAAGAUGAAGCCUCCAAAAAUCCCUUUCAUGCCCUUAUUGCUUAAAGAUGUAACAUUUAUUCAUGAAGGAAAUAAAACAUUUUUGGAUAAUCUUGUCAAUUUUGAAAAACUGCACAUGAUUGCAGACACUGUCCGAACCCUGAGACACUGCAGGACUAACCAGUUUGGAGGCGACCUAUCUCCCAAGGAGCACCAAGAGCUGAAGUCCUACGUUAACCAUUUAUUUGUCAUCGACAGCCAGCAGGCCCUGUUCGAGCUCUCCCAUAGGCUUGAGCCCCGGGCGUGAGCCACCACCCACCCACCCUGUAACUGCAGCACUUUGAGCUAUGGGAAGGUUACCGCCCAGCACGUUGCUUCCUGUGAGAAAAGAAGUUGCUGAGUUUUAUCAGUAAACCGUAAGACAUGCGCAGGAAAGCCAGCCAAAGCAAGUUCAGCCACCAGGGACCAGACAUGAGAGGCCCCUCCACUCUGCUCUCAGAACUGGAAGGCAGGAAGAGUCAGAAGGAUUCUUAGAACAGAGAAGUCUCAUUUCUUCUGAUCGUGUUCUUGAUCCAGUCCAAGUUUCCACUUGAGAGUUGCCAGCGUUAAGAUGAGCAAAUGUAUUGACAUUGACAUACAGUGACCAUUUCAACAGGAGCAUGUGUGCAACAGGAAGGAGUUUCACUCUGCUUGGCAACAGAUUACUGUCUAUAGGCUGUCAAGGACUGAGAACACCUGAGGACAGUCAAGGCAUCUGUAGAUGUCAAGGAGGGAGAGGCCUCUGUCAGUAUGAACUCUCACAUCACCAAAAGCCACUUGUGUCUGGGGUUGGAGGACACGCAGCUGGCAGUCAUACCUUGCCAUGCAGACAAGAAAUUUCAAGGCAUGCACUUCUUUGCAUCCACAGUCACUUACCAAUGUAUGUUUGCUGGUGAAAUUAGUUUCUGUACAACUGAAUUGCAACUAUAGGCAAGGUAAACUAAGUUGCUUUGCCAUCAGGGAAAAUCAGUCUUUAAGAAAUGGACUCAUUGUUUAAUUUCUGGGGAUUCUCUUUAUAUUUGUAAGCAGGCUCUUAUUUUCUAUUGGGCACAAUAUGAUUUUUGGAAAAGCACAGUUCCUGGUACACUGGGUAUUCAGUAACUGCUGAUUGAGGUGACAGAAUCACAAAUGUCUAUAUAUUGUUCCUGGGGAACCCCUACCUAGUGUUUUGUAUGCCUCAGGAGGGCUUCCUGUCACAGGGUGGCCAGAGAAAGAGGCAAAGUGAAAUUGGCACCCUCUAAACAGGACAAGGUGUAGGAAAGUGGGGUUUACCAGCCUCUUGGUAAGUGAAAUACCCAGAUGUCUGAUUUAUGUUGGAGACUUAGAAGUCCUGUAGUCCACCUCCCAGUCAAAGCAGGAAGCCUUGCUGUAAUUUUACUUUUCCUUUUUUUUUUCCCCAAAGUCUUAGAAUUUUCUUAGUCUUUUUAAUUAUUCCCAUUUUACCAGUUGGGUCUCCUAUAGCAAAAUAAGAUCUCCUGCUAUUCUCACAGACUGGUUAGAAGAUUUCCCUCAACCCUCAAAUAAACAAAGAAGCCUGUGGGCUAAUGUAAGCCAGUCUUUCCUGCUAGCUAGAUACUUGUCACUUUGCUAAAAUGCCAGGACCCUGCUUCCUUGUCUCAUCAGUACCUCACUCAUCCUCAUGACUGAGGUGUGUCCCAGCCUUUUUGACACCUGUAUAGCAGUACUGUUUUCUGGGCUCAGAAACCACAUGGAACUUGAGAUACUGUUAGAAGGAACCAUGUAGAGAAAUAUUUUGCUAGGACUUUCAAAGAGAGUCAGUCUGGCCCAGCAUGUAAAAAUUUACAAGACUGAAGUAAUGCUGUACCCAGGGCUGGUCCACUCAGAGAAAUUUUUCAUGCUGCUCCUCCAGCUAGAGGAGACCAGAGCCAUAGAACCACAGAAAACAGACUUUCUUAUGGCUAGUCAAGCUCUCAAAGAGCCCUCCUCUUGGCAAUUACCAAGAGUGAAUAGGGCUUACAGCACAAACAUCUGCUUGUAUCUUUUCUCUAACCUAGCAAGUAGGCUUUGGCCAAUCAUGUAAGGCCAUUCCAAUUCUGUCUCUGUUUUCUAACUUAGUUUGUUUACAUUAGAUCUACAUGGCACCAAGCAGAACAUUACAUUUAGAGUAACUUUAGAGUUAGAGGACUAACGGGUGGUGAUCCAUUUCAGCAGAUCAUAUGCUGCACACCAAUUCAGAUACAUGCACUUGGCCAGACAAAGCCACACACGUAUUGUGUUAAGCACAUUUUGAAUAGCCUGGCAUGAGUGGAAACAGGCUGGAGAGGAAGUGGUGCUUGUUUACUUUCUCCUACAAAACAAAAAGGAGGAUAAGAUUUUGUUUGGUUUAGAUUUGCUUCUGUCUUCUGAAUAUAUAAAAUCUCUAUGAAUUUUUCUGAAAUUUGAUAACUGUUUCUAGAGAUUUCCCAGGCAGCAAAUUUAGAAAUUUCUAAAGCUUUGAGGAGUCUUAAAUUGGGAAUUAAAGAAUUCCAGGCAGAAUAAUGCCCCACCAGAAAUUUUUCCUAAGGAGUUUGAGCUGCUCAUCAGUACAUAGGGCCUGUAGGACCUGUGCACGUCCUGUGAGGGGGGUGGGCCCCAUUCCCACUCCAAAUGCUCCCCAAGGCCUCUUCAGAAUCACUUUUAUUCUGGCUAGAAGAUGCCCAAGCUCUUCUCCCUCUCUCCUUUGAAUUUUUAUUGCAUAAGAUCUCCAUUCACUCUGAAAAUCUUAUGUAAUGUGGCACCUUUGCCAUUGAGUGGUACACGGGCACCUCAAAAUGGGUUCUUUGUUACAGCACACAUCUGUGACAGCCCUGGGGACUUUUGGCUUCAUUAGCAUUCCAGCAAACUGAUCCUACUCAGAAGUUAGCACAGGACAGCAGAACACAGGUUCCUAUAGGCAAAAUUGCAACCUUUCCAAUUAAAAAGAAAUGUGUACAUUUGCAGAUGUUCCAUAGACUACAUGUUUUAAAUUCAC